AUGACAUCAAGAACCACGCAUUUCAAAGUGAAAAUCGUGGAGGGUCAAAAUUGGCCCAAGGUCAAGAACGCCAAAACUCCAGCCAAGUAUCAUUUUUCCUUUUGUUUCAUGAACGGAGAAGUUGAAAAAUCAAAAGUCGUGACUGAUGCUGAAAUUUCUGCUCUCGGAAUUGAGAAAACAUUUUCUGCAAAGGUGGAGGAUCUACUCAACCUUGUGAUAAAUAACAUUGGAGCAGACAUUUUGGUAGUAAAAAUGAUUAAGGGAGAAGAUGACAAAAAUGCAAUAGAAUUUGGAGUGGUUGACAUUGACUUUUCUGGGCUUUUCUCAAGCUCACAAAUUGAUUCUUUUCAUACGGUCACAGUCACCGAGGAAGGAGCAAUACAUGAAGAAAUUCCGAAGGUCCGAGUCAUCAUUGAAUUGUCUGAUCCUCUUCUUCUUCCUCAUGAGAAAGAAGGAGGAAAUUUAUUGACCAUAAAAUUAGGACCAAUGCAUAAUUUACCACGAAAUUGGCUUCCAAGAGACGCUCAAAACAUUUCGGAAAUCCCUCUUGAAUUCACAACCAUUUGUGCACUCCCAAUAGGAGAUGCUACCAAGUAUUACUAUUUCAGAGGAGGAAGAAUGUAUUUACAUUCACAGGAUGAGCAUGAAACAGGAAAGAGCGAGGUUGUUGUGGCAUGGCAAAAAGAUACACAAACAUUCUUUCUUGAUUCAGAGGCAAUGAAAAGAUUCGAACACCUAUGUGUCAACAAUGAAGUUAUUCAUUUCAAAUUUCUGAGAUCCAUCAAUAAGGACAUGAUGGUCGACGGUUGGGUCGAUCACAACGAAAAGAAGUACAUUGGAAAAUUUUGCAAACAUAUUAAGGAGUUGCUAGAGCCAGGAGCAAAGAUAUCAUGUGAGGAAUCUGUCCUUAGUCAUUUGGAUGCGAACGAUCAUUCUUUCCCAUCAGAUCCUCGACCCAAGAGUGCCAACAAGAAGAAGAAGAAAUCCAAAGACCCAGUCCCUCCUCAACUUCUUCCAGAAACAGACGAUUCCAAACCCUACGAAGAAAAUGGAACGAAAAUAUCGGUCGAGUUUUCUUUUGAAAAUUCUCUCAUUCCAAAACCUGAAGAAAGAACAAGAACGAAUAUGCGUCCUUCGGAUAUCAUUCCAAAACGAGAAAAAGUGGAAAAGAAAAAAGACAUUGUUGAGUUAUAUCAUGAAGAAAUUUUAGGAGUUGUCGAUGUUCUUGUACGUGAAUAUAAGUCUCUGAUCGAGAAAGAGAGCAAUGUGGACAAGGACCAAUUUGUUUUUGAGCUAAAUCACACAGGCAAAUACUUUGCGUUUAAGGAAAGAUUGAAAGCGUCUGUGGUGCAACUGGUGAAAGACAAAUUUUCACAUGAACUGAAAACUAAGAAGGAGAAUGAAAUCAAAUCAUUGUAUAACGAUAUUUAUGUGUACUUGGUGCGCCAAAUGCAUGUUGCAAUCAAUAGAAUAUUUAGUAAGGCCAAGAGCGAGGAGAAAAAGGAAUCGCCACUGCAUUUAGAAACGCAAAACCCAGAAAAACUUAAGAAACUUGCUGACGAAGCUGAGGCUGAGUUUAACUAUCCAUUGGCCGCACGAUAUCAUCAAGAACGAAUUGCAAUUUCCUCCAUAGAGGAAGAAACAAAGAACUUUUGGUUUGACUAUGGUGUGUUUAGCAUGAGAGUGAAUGACUUGGCAAAAGCUGAACAAUCCUUCAGAGAAACGCUCUCAAUAGACAUGUCUCAUUUGCCAUGCUUGCAAUUAUACGGUGUGUUGCUUUGCAUGAGAAACCAAUAUAAGGAGGCAGAAGUGUUUCUUCAAUCAGCGGUGGACUUGGAUAACAACAACUUCAUGUCCUGGGGUCUUCUUGCCUUGCUGUUCUCACUCAUAGAAAACGAAAAACAAGCCCACCAAGCAUUUUUGUAUGGAACGUUGGCCUUAGAGAAACUUUUGGGUCAAUCACCCAAACAACCUCUCAAACUUGCAGUGGCUUCAUUUCUUUUGGAUGUAAAUGCGGAUAAGUUGGCUGAGAAAUUACUGAUCGAGGAAAUGCAGAACGGAGAGGCUAAUGCAGACAUUUAUUUCGAAUUGGCCCGUGUGUACCAUAUCAGAGAAGAUUACGAACGUGCUGAGGACAAUCUCAAAUCUUCUUUAAAGCUUCACUACAAGUCAGAAAAGAGCUGGGAAAUGAUGGGCCUUAUUCAUAUCAAACUUGGAAGAAUAUCUGACGCCGAACAAGAACUGGAAACUGCCCUCAGUGUUUCAAGUAAUCCAAAUGCCUUGUUACUCCUUCGUUUGGCCCAUAUUUAUUUAGAGCUGCAAAAGUAUGAAAGAGCGAGAGACACUUUUUUGAAUGCUGCUAAAAUUGUUUCUUCAUGCAGUGCGUGGCUUGGUGCUGGAAUUGCAUACUUUAGACUUGCCGAGUAUGAUCUUUCUGAACAGGCUCUAAAUGAAGCCAAUAUUCAAAAUAAUAGAAAUGCUACUGUUUGGGGAUAUCUAACAUUAUUAGCAUUGAUCAAUAAGAAGGAAAAAGAGGCAGAGAAGUGUCUUCGAGAAUCUCUAAAACACGCUCUAAAAUCCUCAGAUCCUAAGCUGACAGAUGAAAUAAGACAAGCUCUUUCUCAAACCAAACAGUGUUCCACCUUAAUGACAACACUUGAAUAA